AUGGACUUUGAAAUAGACAUCGAGCCUGAACCUGCAUAUGAAAGAGCAGAAGAUAUCAGAGAUGAUUAUGAUGUUGAGAAGUUUAAAAGAUCUGGAGGGCUUGAUACUCAACAUUCUUGCAAUAAUAAUAUUUAAUCAGGAGGAUUAUUCCAUGUAUAUUAUAAAUAAAGAAGCACAUCAUGAGCUGACCACCUAUAACCCAAGAUUUAAGAGAGCAAACGAAGAGCAUCAGAAACCUGAGCCUUCAGAGAUGGAAACUCAGGUAAAAAGACGUAAAAAGAAGAAGAAAAAGAAGAAAGUCUUACAGCCUGAAGAAGAGCAAGAUAAUUUAGAGAAGUACAACAGUCCAGAUAAAAGUCUGGCUCAGGCUCAGGAAGAUCAGUUUGAGCAACGAUAUGAAGCAGAAGUUACCCUCGAAGAGCAGAAGCAUGUUGAAGCAGGCUUUAGUACCAUCCAGGAGGAGCCUAAUGCCUCAUCUGUUGAUUUCUCUAGAGAAAUCAUUGAAACUCCAGAUAAAGUUGAAGAAGUGAAGGUCAAAAACUUGACGUACGGAAGUAAGGAAAUACCUUACCAUGCCAACAAAGAAGGUGGAAGGUUAAUGACUAAUAUCCCCAGAGCAGUGAAAGACACAUCCCAAGACGAUCUCUCAAAGGAUCCUUCUCAAUUUUUAGGAAGUCACAGACUCUCUGCUGACCUAAAGCAUUUGAGAAAUCAUGCUGGUAUUGAAGAAUUCAAAGAAUAUCGGGAUAUCUCUCCUGAGGAGAUACACAACUUGACUUUACUCACUUUGCCUCAGAAGAAGACAACCAGUCAUGCUUGUUUUUAUGGAACUUAUUGUGGUAGGAAGGUAUUCCUCAAGGAAUACAAUGUCUCUGACACAGAUAUGAAGAAGAAAUGCAUAGCUGAGCUCAUGUUUUACUCACAAAAUCCUCAUAUAGGUCUUGUAAAUCAACUUGGUGUCUACCUAGAGCUCUACCCAUUGGUAUACAUUGUUUAUGAGUACUAUACGACUAUAACUCUUGGAGAUUUGAUGAGAGAGGGAAAAUUGGCUGAAAUUAAUGAAAAAUCUAAGUCUCAGCUUAUUGUACAAAUCCUGCACUCUUUGGAAUUCUUAGAAAAAGCUCAAUCUAGAACAACCGAUGAACAAGUGAUUACUUAUAAGCUUGCUUGCAUUGAUCCAGACAAUAUUUUAGUGGUUAAAGCACCAAUAAGCCUAGAGUGUAAAUUAUGUGGAUUUUCAGAUAUAAUCGAAGUUGGCCAAGAUGAAUCCUUCCCAAUUGAUAUUCCUGAAAGUUUAUUUAACUAUCUUCCAAAGUUGAGAUUAUUCAGCCCAGAAUGUAUCCUAUCUAGGAAGCUGUCAGAGUCUUCCUUGGGUUAUUCAGCUGGAGUUAUGAUGAUAUCUAUCUUUACAGAAGAGAGAUUCUUGCCAAAAAUAUCUGAUUUGGAAUAUGUGAAUCUUUUAGUGACAAAGCCUUCUGAAAUAUGGGACACAGAGACAGGCGACUUGGAGAUAUCCUCUUUUCUCUCCAAAAUCCCGUACAAAACUCUUAUCCAGCGCUGCUGCACUUUCGAGGAAGCUAAAAGACUGACUAUUAGUCGUUUGAUUGAGUUUUUGAUGAAAAAACUUUUUUAG